UGGUCCCGUUUUUGCAUUUAUGCAUGCUGAUCAGUUGCUCCGGUCCGCCUUAUCAGUAAUAUCGCUAUCAAGGCGGCCGCAUUGUCAGCAAUACGUGAGUGUGCGUUGGAAUGUCGAAACAAAUGUCUGAACAACGUGCUCUUUGUUGCUUUCAAACAUUCGAACAAUUUGUGUCAAUUUGUGUUGUGUAAUUGUCCGGUGUGUUUAUCCAAUGUUCGCGUUCUUGUAAAUUGUUGUCGUAAAAAUGUGCGAGGAUAAUAUCGCGGUCGCAAUUCGUGUGCGCCCGGUGAUCAUCACCGAAAAAAAGAAGAAACUUGCCGAACAAUGGAUUAUCUCCGGCAAGGAAAUCUAUCCGAGUGAGACACUCAAUCGAGAAUUUGAAACUUUUACAUUUGAUUACAUCUUGGAUACAUCUGCAAAAAAUGAACAUUUAUAUGAAAUAGUCCAGCCAUUAGUUCGAUCGACAUUAAAUGGCUUCAACGCAACGAUUUUCGCAUACGGCCAGACCUCAUCUGGAAAAACUCACUCUAUCCUAGGAACUGAAUCAGAUCCAGGCAUCAUUCCAAGAUCCACUCAAGACAUAUUCUCUAUAAUUGACUCAAACAUCACACAUAAGUACAUAGUGAGAGUUAGUUAUGUAGAAAUCUACAAUGAGAAGAUUAAUGAUUUGUUAGAUGUGCAUAACAAGGAUCUAAAGUUGAUAGUCUCUGAGGAUGGCAAGGGUCACAAUCUGAUUGGAAUGCAUGAAGAGAUUGUGCACAAUGAGGAGGAGAUGAUGGCUGUGAUACAGAAAGGCAACAAGAAUCGUCAAAUCGGCGAAACCAAGAUGAACGAGCGCAGUAGUCGAAGUCAUGUCAUCUGCGACGUGUUGAUUGAAUCCUCAUCCAUGGAGGAGUGCCAGGAUGGGGAGAUUGAUCAGAGCACUCCAGUGAAGGCAGGACAUUUGUAUAUUGUGGAUCUGGCCGGUUCGGAGCGUGUGGCGCAGACAGGCGCAACAGGUGUUCGGUUCAACGAAGGCAUGCACAUCAACAAGUCGUUAUCGACGCUCAUUUCUGUCAUUACGCAGCUUAGCAGUGGAAGUAGUUUUGUUUCGUAUCGAGAUUCAAAACUUACGAGGUUGUUGGCUUCUGCACUGGGGGGUAAUUCAAGAACGUUGAUUGUUGCUGCUAUUACUCCGGUUUCUCUAGAGGAUAGUUUAUCAACAUUAAAAUUUGCUAGAAGUGCCAAAACAAUCAAAACAAAACCCCGACUGAACGAAAUUAUGAACCAAGAAUCCAUCAUUAAGCGUCAGCAAUUCCGCGAAAAGAAAUUACUUCAAGAACUCGCCGAGAAAGGCGAUUUAAUCUCAAAACUAAACUCGGAGCUGCAAGAAUCUCGAAAAAUGUACGUACCAUUAAAAGUGUAUCCCAAACCGAGACCCGUGCGUCGUCACACAAUGGGAGUACCAUCUGAUAUCCGGAGCAAACCGAUGAUGGAAGCCAUUUUGGAACAUCCCGUCAAUGAAGAAGAAGAAAACAUGCCAAAUAAUCAUAUUAUUCCUCAGAGUCAUUCAGAAGUAAAUCUACAAAGUGAAACAUCUUUGACUCUAUACACACCUGUGUCAAACCGCGGUUUUUCAGAACCUUUAACAAAAACAGAUUUUGAAUGUACUAAGGAGAAGGAAUGUGAACCAAAUGUAAUUGAUGAAGCAAAGUAUCAUGACUUAAUGACAAAUUACAAUAAUCUGGAUAAAUCUCAUGCCACACUGAAGGAAUUUACAAAACUAGAGCUUGAAAUUCACCUGCAAGAUGAAACUAUGCAAUUGCGACGUGAACUUGACGAACUCCUUAAACAAAAUUUGAAGUUCCAGGAGGAAAUUACACGGUUGAAACAGAGCUAUGAGGUUUUAGAUGUUUCUCACUUUGAUUUGAAAGAAUUCACUAAAAUUGAGAUGGAUCUAGCUGUGGAGGAACGCACUCAGAGACUUCAGAAAGAAAUUGAUGAGUUGCGAAAGAAUGAAAUCAAUAACAAUCUGCAACAGGAGAAUGACAAGCUGAAGGAACGUUUGAGUAUCAUGGAAAGUGAACAGGAGUUUAUGCAGCAAGCACAAAACCAACAACUUCAACGUCGUUGUGAAGAAUUACUUUCUCGAAUCACGGAAUUGGAACGUCAGCCAAAUCAAACAACUAAACCUUGUGAAGAUGUAACAUUUUCGGUUGAAAAUGACAAGUGUGAGGAUAAAAUAAACUUGGAAGCUCUCCAAGAUAAAUGUGGCAAGUUGGAAGCGACUAUAAAAUUCACCGAAAUGCAUUCAAAGCUUUUAUUAAAAGAAAACAAUGCACUCAAAGGAUACAAACCUAAAUUAACUCGUUCUCUUAGUGAUACGAAUCUUGCAGAUAGCGGUGAGGGUCUUCAAGAUGAAGAAUACAAUCGGGAAGAUUUUCAGCGUAUUUUCAAGUCUUUGAGGUCUUUAACAGCGACCAUUAUUUCUGGUGUUGAUUUGGAACAAGCUUCUUCAAUUGGUACUCCAAUCGCAAUUGAUCGUAAUCCGAUUGGACGCAUGCGUAGUAAAAGUGAAAAGCCUUCGUUUAGUGAUAGAAUGUCUGAAGGUCUGCAAGAGGAUGAAAUUGAUGAUCUCAAGAAAGAAAAUGUUAUGUACAAGGAGCUAACGAAUGAUCUUCUGGCUAAGUUGAAGAAUUUGAACGAUAAAUUUAACGCUAGGGAUAUUUCUCAAUAUGAAGAGACUAUUAAAAGACUAGAGGAGGAUAAGAGUGAGUUGGAACUUAAGUUACGGAAUAUACAAGAUGGCGGACAAAGUGAAGAGAGGAAAGUUGAUGCUGGUAAUGAAGCAUAUCUACGGGAAUUGGAGGAUAAAAUAAAACAACUUGAAGGUACUAUGCAAGAAUGUGAAGGUUGGAUGGGUGAACAGAAAUCUUCACAGGCUAAGAUUGAGCAGCUCACGAAUGAAUUGAAUGCGUUAAAGAAUCAGGAACAAGAUGGGGUGAACAGUGAUUGUCUACCUAAUCAAAAUUCGAAAUUUAUUGAAGAAUUACAAGAGAAGCUUAAGUUAGGUAAUGAUGUCCUUCAGCAAAAUGAAAUUGCUAUAAAACAACUACGGGAACAACUUAGUCAGAAGGAAAAGGAACACCAGGAAUCCAAUGAAAAGUUGAAACUGUUGGAGGAAAAGAUUCAAUCGAAUAAUUUAUGUACUGAAAAUUUGACUAACAAGGUUGAUAACAACUUAUCUGAAGAAAUUGAAGAGCUGAAGCGACAAGUUGCUGUAAAAGAAGAGCAAAUUGUUAAACUUGAAGCAGAGAUAAAGCAAAAAGAACAUGAUCACUACAUGGAUAAAGAGGCUUUGGAGUAUUCAUCAUCAGAGUUGGAUGAAGCCAUGGUGAAGAUUAGAGAGCUUCAGGUGCAGAUUAAAAAUCUCAAGGCAGAAGAGAGCCAGAAAGUUGAUCAACUUCAGAAAGAAAUAGAUUUAUACAAGGAGUAUAAGACUGCAAAGGAAGCCGAAACUGUUAAAGUUGAGCAACUUUCAACUGAGAUAACAAUCGCUAAUGAUAUGCUUUCCGAAAAGAAUGUGUUAUUGGAACAGACACAGAAUGAACUAGCACUUUUGCAAGAUGCACUUGAUAAAACCAAAAUGGCAGCGGAGAGUGCCCAAUUCCAACAUCAACAGGAAAUUGACGCGCUGAAAUUGAAGAUGGAUUUAUUACAGGCUGACCACGAUGAAAAUAAUGUGAAACUUGUUAAGUUUGAGACUUUGCUCGCUGAUAAAGAGAAAUUAUGCGAUGAAUUGCAAGUGAAAUUGGAUAAACUUGUGGAAGAGUAUCUGAUGACUACAAAUGUUCAUCGCGAAGUGGUUCAGAAGUUAGAAAUCAAGAUUUCGGAACUUAAUAUUCUGAUUGAAAAGCAACAACAUCAAUAUUCCACGGAAGAGACGCAGAAAUUAGAAAACGAAAAAGGUGCAGCAGUUAUUGCAGAAAAAAAUGAAUUGAUUGAAGAUUUACAAGCAGAAUUACAUAACUAUAAGAUUUCUGAACAAAAUAUUAAAUGUGAAAUUGAGACAAAAGAGUUACGUUUGAAAGAAUUAACACUGGAAAUGUCUGAAUUGCAAGGUGAACUUAUUGGUGUUAAAACUCAAUGGGAAGAUGACAAGAAACAAAUUGCACAAAUGCAAGAUAUGUUAACAAAACAGGAAGGAGUUAUCAAAAACCUGGAAGAACAAUUUGAUGCGGCAAAACAGGAGGGACACAAUCACAUGCUGGCAGCACUCUCAAAUGAAAAUAAGUUACAAGCGUUAAUUGCAGAAAUGGAGCUUCGUCAAGUUGAAAACGGUCGUUUGAAAGAGGACACAACAGAGAAUGAUUUGAAACUUUUAAAUACUUUGCAAGAACAGUGUGAUGAUGCAAGACAAGAGUGUCUCAAAUACAAAAUGGCGGCAGAGGAAAAUCAAAACCGUGUAGAAGAGUAUAAAAAUAUGGAAAUUUCGCUCAAGGAACAACAUAAACUUGAAUUAGAUGCUUGCAAAUCUAAAAUUACUUUAUUACAAGAGGAAAUUGCAAAUAUGGGACUUCUGCAAGAUGAAAUUGUUGAUUUGAGAAACGAAUUGGUGGAAAUAAAGAAUAUCAAUAUGGAAACUCAAGAAAAAUGCUGAAAGAGCAUGAAACUAUCUUGGCAGAGAACAAAUCAAAAAGUAUUGAAGUAAACUCAACUUGAAAAUGAACUUCAUGUUACUAUCGUGAAACUUAAGUCACUGGAAAAGGAAAUUGCUGCUUUGAAAGCAACAUCUGCAGAAUAUUUAGAUCAUGGUGCAGAAUUACAGGCACUUAAUCAAAAGUAUGAAGAAGCAGUGGCUAAAAUUGUUUCUAUGCAAGAUAAAAAUAAGGAACUUCGAAAAGAAUAUGAUGCUAAUUUGGCAAAUGCAAAAGAAAGUUAUAAAUUUGAAUUGGAUGCUUGUAACACUCAGAUAUUAGUGCUAAAGGAAAAGCUUGCUGAAACAGAACAUCUUCAAGUAGAAAUUGAACAUUUGAAACAAGAGUUGGUAAACAUCAAGAAUAUUCAUCAAAACGACCAAGAAAAAUUAAUAAAACAUUAUAAAGACUUGUUAGAAGAAAGCAAGUCAAAUAAUGAAAAAGAUCAUGAGCUUUUGACUGCUUUACAAAGACAGUGUGACGAAGCUAAGCAGGAGUGUCUCAAAUACAAAAUGGCGGCGGAUGCACACGAAAACCAGGCGCAGGAGCACAAUAAAGUUGGAUUAUUACUCAAGCAACAACACAAACAGGAAUUAGAAGCUUGUCAAUCAAAAAUUUCUUCAUUACAAGAAGAAGUUACGUCUAUGGGAGUUCUCCAAAAUGAAAUAGUGCAAUUGAGAAACGAAUUGGCAAGAAUUAAGGACAUCAAUACAGAAACUCAAGAAAAAUUGGUAAAAGAAUAUGAGAACAAGUUGCAAGCAAGCAAACCAAAGACUAAGGAGGUCAAAACUCAACUUGAAAAUGAACUUCAAGCUACAACCGCGAAACUUAAGUCACUGGAGGUGGAAAUUGCCGCGUUAAAAGCAACACCAUCAGCAAACACAGAUCAUAGUGAAGCUUUUAUUGAGCUUAAUAAAAAGUAUGAAGAAGCAGUUGUUAAAAUUGCUUCCAUGCAGGAUGAACUACAAUCAUUGAAAGCUGUAGAACUUAUGGUGACGAAAAUAACAGCAGAACAAGAUCGUUUCCUUAAAGUAUUAACUUCUUUGAGUGAUGAGGAGAAGAUUAAACGUUUGGAGGAUGAAUUGCAUAAGAAGCGAUAUGAACUACGCUUGGAUCGCGAUAAGAGUUAUACUCUCCAGAGAGAAUAUGACUUAGUAGUGAAAAGUAAAACAGAAUUACAGGCCAAGUUGGAUGCAUUGCAAAGUGAAGCUAAACCAAAGACAAACAAAUUGCUUUCUGGUCUUGCGAAUAAAACAAACGAGGCAGUUAUAAAAUCUCUUGAAGAAGACUUGUCAAAGAGUAAUAAAGCUCUGAAAGAAGCAGAAGAGACUAUAAAAACUAUGAAAAAAGAUCAGGAUAUUGCUCUUAACAAAAUUAAAGAAUUAGAAGGUCGUUUAGUCAGCAGUCGUGAAGAAUUAAAUCAGAAUUACGAGCAAUUGAAGCAAGAAUUCUAUAUUAACAAUCAACCGAAACUCAAAAUUGAUGAUAAGGAGAUUGUGGAACUCAGGAAUGAGUUACAAGCCAAUCAAAAGUUACACCAGAGGAAAGUGGCGGCCAUGACAGAUGAUUUUGAGAAUAAGUAUCAGGCGCACAGUGAUAAGUACGCCCUGUUGAAGAAAUCACUGGAAAGCACAACGCGAAACAAAGACGCCAUUAUUAAAGAACUGCAAUCUCGAUUGGAGCAAUCCAAUAAAGAAAACACCUCGAAAACUGCACUUGCAGACGAAAAACAAUCAGAAGCCAAUGCAAAUCGCAAGAUAUUUAUGCUACAGCAACAAUUACAGGCUAUCAAAACUGAUUUACAACAGAAACAAACUCAGUACGAGUAUAAAAUUGAUAAGUUAAAAGCAGAUUAUCAAAUGAAAUUGAACGCGAUGAAAAGUGAACUGGAUAGUAUGAAAUCCGAAGUUGUACUACCAUCUGAACAUGACUUGGCCGGUUUCAAAACGAAGGAACAAUUUGCGAAACGAAUUGACACAGAAUUAUUUAGUAUUCCAUCAAAAUUAUCGAUACUUUUGAAAAUUUCAAACAUUAGUAUUCUACCAUCUGCAUGUGGCAUGUGUCGACAAAUACAAGGCAGUCUUUUAACGUUGAUUGAAACUUGUAAGAAGCAUUCAUCCUGGUAUCGUUUCAAUCCGCAUGAAACAGCCAAAGAUAAACAGAUUGGCACUGAUCGUUUUGAUUUGUUGGCUGAGACUAGGGAUGUUUUUGUACAAAUGUUACAGCUGCGUGGCAAUAAUAAAGAGACUAGAGAUUUGAUUAAAGUUCGCCUGGAUGCAACCACACGCGAAAUUGAUGAUUAUGUGAAAUCGCUGGAGGAGAAACACAGUUUUCUUGCGGUUUUGCAUGAAGCGCUGAAAGCAUCUGGUGUGGGUAUUGCUCAACAUUUGAAUGCUGCUGGUGUGGCUGUACCGGGCUGUGAACAAUGUCAACUGUAUAAGCUUUGCUUCAAUGUUGUGUGUGCACUUACUGAAAGGAUCAAGUGUAGUUUGAUUAUCAUUGAAGGAUUUGAGAAUAGGUUGAAUCCUCAUCAGUUUUGCAUCGAUAAUGUGAGAGCUUGUGAAGCAAAACUGGAACAGUUGAUGGUUAAACUCAAUGAACAUUCAUCUGAUGUUAUACAACAAAAGCUUGAUCUGGAGAAUUACAAGGAGAAGUAUAAGCGUGCGAAACGCAUGGCGGAAAUACGUUACAAGGACGUGAAGAUUCUCGAAGAGGUGCUAAACAAAGAGAAUUAUAUUAUUAACUUUAAAGUUGACCCGAUUCAAAUUACAAAGCAAACUCCCAAGCAAAAUAUUAUUGAAGACGACAAUCCGAGACCGUUCAUGGGGCGUUCCAGGGAUUCUGGGAGGAAGUCACUAGGAGCAACUCCGAAACAUUUCUCGCCGUUUUUCGUCACUCCCGAUGAGCACAAAGAAGCGAAACAUCUGGAGCGACGCCAUAAAUAAACGAAUCUCUGCUACAUGUUUAUAGAUGCCUUAAUUUAUAUAUUAAAAAUACUAAUAUUACUUUGUUGUACAUUUAAACAAAAGACAUGACCUGAUAUAAUGUAAAUAUUAGCGUUGCAAACUUGUGAUUUAUAUAUUGUAUAAUAUUUUUUUACCUAGAAUAAUAAACUAAUAAUUUAAUGCUU